CAGGAAGUUGGAACUUUCUUACAGUCCGGAUCCGUCUUCACCAAGUUGCGACUCAUAAGUUUUAGACUGAAAACGGAGCUCAGAGUGGAAGUAGUAUUUUUUCUAUUUAUUUUUUUAAAGAAUCUGUUUUUGUAGAUAAACUUUCUGCAAGUCGGUAAAGCAGGAGGUCGGGCAGCACGUAAAGUCGUCACGUAACACUAAGUGAAGAUGUUAGCAUCAGGACUGCUGGCUAAUUACUGCACCGAGCUCCACGAUGACCAGGCACACAAAGUGGACAAAUUCCUGCACAAUUUCCAGCUGUCAGAUAAGACUUUGAUGGAUGUGUCAUUACGAUUUCGUCGAGAGAUGGACAAAGGCCUGUGCAGAGACACCAACUCCACAGCUGCUGUUAAGAUGCUGCCCACAUUUGUGCGGUCCACUCCUGAUGGAACAGAACAAGGUGAGUUCCUGGCCCUGGACCUCGGCGGAGCCAACUUCCGAGUGCUUCUGGUCAAAGUUAUGGCUGAUGGUGAGCGAAAGGUGGAGAUGGAAAAUCAGAUUUAUGCCAUUCCUGAACACCUCAUGAGAGGCAGUGGGUCUGAGUUCUUUGACCACAUAGCUGACUGUCUGGCUAAUUUUAUGGACAAGAUGGGCAUAAAGGAUAAAAAGCUUCCUCUGGGCUUCACCUUCUCUUUUCCCUGUCAGCAGACCAAGUUGGAUGAGAGUGUUUUGUUGUCUUGGACCAAAGGCUUCAGGUCAAGUGGAGUAGAGGGAAAGGAUGUGGUCAGCCUUCUGAGGAAGUCCAUUAAAAAACGAGGGGACUUUGACAUUGACAUUGUGGCAGUGAUCAAUGACACAGUGGGAACUAUGAUGACCUGUGGCUAUGAUGAUCAGCUCUGUGAAAUAGGCCUUAUUGUGGGAACGGGGACCAAUGCCUGCUACAUGGAGCAGAUGAGGAACCUUGAGGUGCUGGAUGGUGACGAGGGGCGGAUGUGCGUCAACACAGAGUGGGGUGCGUUUGGAGACGAUGGUGCCCUGGAGGACCUCCGCACCGACAUUGACCGGGAAAUCGAUGCAGGCUCACUAAACCCUGGCAAGCAGCUGUUUGAAAAAAUGAUAAGUGGGAUGUACAUGGGGGAACUGGUGCGUCUCAUCCUGGUGAAGAUGGCCAGAGAGCAGCUGCUGUUCCAGGGAAAGACUACAUCAGAGCUCCUCACCACUGGCCGCUUCAUUACCAGCUACAUCUACAACAUUGACACUGACAAAGAUGAGGAAGGUGUGGUGAGUGCUGAGAAUGUGCUCCGUGGCCUGGGUCUGGACCCGUCAGUGGAGGACUGCAUAGCUACUCAGAGGGUGUGUCAGAUAGUAUCGACACGGGCCGCACACUUGUGUGCUGCCACUCUCGCGGCAGUGCUGCGGCAGAUCCGGGAUAAUAAAGCGGCUGAGAAGUUGCGUACCACUAUCGCAGCAGAUGGCUCCAUUUACAAGAAUCAUACAGAGUUUUCCAGGAGGCUCCACAAAAUGACCGGACGACUUGUACCAGACUGUGAUGUGCGUUUUUUGCAGUCACAGUGUGGCAGUGGGAAAGGUGCAGCUAUGGUAACAGCAGUAGCCUACCGUCUUGCUGCUCAACACGCUGAGCGUCAGAGCAUCCUCAACGCCCUGCGUCUGAGUCGUGAACAGCUGCUGGAGGUAAAAGAGCGAAUGAGUGAGCAGAUGGUGCGAGGCCUGUCAAAGCAAAGCCAUGAGCAGGCAAGCAUCAAGAUGCUUCCCACCUAUGUCAGAUCCACCCCAGAUGGAACAGAGCACGGCGACUUCUUGGCUUUGGACCUUGGAGGCUCCACCUUUCGGGUCCUACUGGUGCGAGUGAGAAGUGGAACGAAACCCACUGUAGAUAUGCACCACAAAAUCUACAGUAUCCCACAGGAGAUCAUGCAAGGCACAGGGGAAGAGCUGUUCGGCCAUAUUGUGGACUCCAUCGUUGACUUUCUGGAGUUCAUGGGCAUGAGGGGAGCAUCCUUACCUAUGGGAUUUACAUUCUCCUUCCCUUGCCAUCAAAGCAAACUGGAUCAGGGCAUUCUGCUGAAGUGGACAAAGGGUUUCAAAGCCAGCGGCUGUGAGGGCCAAGAUGUUGUCACAUUGCUUAAAGAGGCUGUUCGUCGCAAGCAGGAAUUUGACUUGAACUUUGUGGCAGUAGUUAAUGACACAGUGGGAACGAUGAUGACUUGCAGCUAUGAGGACCCCAGAUGUGAGGUGGGACUCAUCGUAGGCACAGGAACCAAUGCCUGCUACAUGGAGGAAAUGCAGAACAUCGAGCUAGUGGAGGGCAACAGCGGUCGUAUGUGUGUCAACAUGGAGUGGGGAGCAUUUGGUGAAAAUGGAGAAUUGGACGACUUUUGCACCCAAUUUGAUCACACUGUCGAUGAUUGCUCCAGCAACCCCGGGAAACAGAGGUAUGAGAAGAUGAUCAGUGGAAUGUACCUGGGGGAGGUAGUGAGGAAUGUGCUGAUGGAUUUUACUGACAAGGGUCUGCUGUUCAGAGGCAAAGUGUCCGAGCGACUCAAAACCCGCGGCAUCUUUGAGACAAAGUUCCUGUCGCAGAUUGAAAGUGACCGUCUGGCCAUGCGUCAGAUCCGCUCCAUCCUGCAGCACCUGGGCCUCACCACAUCCACGUGUGAUGACAGCGUUCUGGUGAAGGAGGUGUGUAGCGUGGUUGCCCGCCGUGCAGCUCAGCUGUGUGGAGCUGGUUUAGCCGCUGUGGUUGACAAGAUACGACAGAACCGCAACCUGAAUCAGCUCUCUGUCACCGUGGGAGUGGAUGGCACACUUUAUAAGACGCACCCUCAUUUCUCCAGCAUCAUGCAAGAAACACUGCAGGAUUUAGCACCGCAGUGUCAAGUGACUUUCCACAAGUCAGAGGAUGGAAGUGGUAAAGGAGCAGCGCUGAUCACAGCUGUGGCCUGUCGGAUCAAGAGUGAAGGACAAUACUGAGGUGGACAGGUAGAGAUGGAGCUAUGACGACUGAUUCUCUGUAAUGGGUCACCAUGACUGGUUACAUACACACUGACCUGAGCUUAGCGCUGUACUUCAAAUAUUAGUCUGACUUCUUUUGUGUGUGUUCACAUGUAUGUGAUUGUGUGUUAUGUUUCUGGUUGUUUUAGAUGUUUAUUUUUAUCUCAUGUGCUGACAUAGAUUAGUAAGUUAGGUUCAGAAAUGUUGGACCCUGUUGCACCUCGAUGAAAUGUGACUGUUACGAGCCAUAGGGCUCAUUUUUUUAAACACUCCCUUUACAUUCUUUAGCCUUCACCAUGUCUCCUCCCGGCGUACUAUUUUUUAAAAUGAAGUCUGUAAUUUGUAUUGAGUUUCUACACAUUUGCACCUUUCUACACAAUUGAGGUAAAAUUUGGAAAAACUUGUGUAUACAUCACCUUUAGAUCAGAUGUCACAAAGUGCCUCACAAUAAAAAAAGUAAGUGAAACACAGCUUAUAAACAAUCACAGUUGAAUGUGGAAUUGAACUAAGAAAAUAAAUGUAACACAUUUGCAUGACUUUUGUAUUUGGAAUACAUAUUUAAGCCCCAUCUUUUUUUAAACUUGAAUAAGAUGUCUGAUUGUGCUAUAAACAUGUACAUGAAUAAAUACAAUGAUACAUUAAAAGAUGAAUUUACAGCAA